AUGUUAAUAUUUCAAACCAAAUUAGAACAAAUUUUCAAUUGGGAAUAUGGGAAAUUACAAUUUAAAAUUUUGAUACAAUGGAUUAGAUUUUUAAAUGUUAUGAUUAUAACAAGUUUAAUAUUGGGUAUAAUUACAUAUUAUACAAUGGUUCGUAUAAUAUAUUGGCUAACAAAAUUAGAUAAACAUACAGAAAAAUCAAUUAUUGAUAUAAAGACACAUAAUGGUGAAUUAACAAAAAUUAAUAGAAUUCCAAUAAUUGAAUCAUUAAGUAAAGAAGAUGAAGAAUUUUGGAGAAAUAAGAUUAAUGGAAAUGAAAGAUUAUUUAAUAAUAUUGAUGAUAAUAAUGAUAGUAAUGAUACAAUAACUUAUAAUAAUAAUAAUCCAAUUAAUAAUAAAACAACUGAAGAAAAUGUUAUAAUGAUGGAUAAUAAUGAAGAAGAUUUAAGUACAUAUGGUGGAUUAAAUUCAUUAAAUUCAUUAAAUUCAAUAUCUAAUUCAUCAAAUGAAACAAGUCCAAAUCAAGAUCAAAUUAAAGAUAUACCAAUAGAUACCGAUACACCAAGUUCUACAUUAAGAUCAAGACAACAACAAUCAACAAGAUCAACAAGUAGUACAUCGGGAACAGGAACAAGUAUAUUUAGUAGAUUAAAUCUAACACCUAUCAGUACAAUAACUGAAGAUUCAGAUGAAGAUUAUGAAAAAUAA